CCUCCUUCCUGGAUCUUCUCGAACUAACUUGUGUCGCGUCGAUGUUAUGCUAAGUCAACAGGGUUUUGAUCCAAAGUUGCAUUGGAUCACUUUUUAUACGUAAAAUCCCUUUCUCGACAAUGUGAGAGCUACCCUGAUCAUGGACCGGUGGUCGGGCGUCUUGAAGGUUCCAUUGGGUCCUAGUACAAGGAAUUAUUACAGAGUUGCUGCAUCUAUUUGCAUGUCUCCUUCUUCGGGAACCCUGGCUAUGCCUUGGGCGAAUGCGAUAUUCUUUCAUGGGGACAGAGUUCGAGGGACUGGGAAUCGUGUGAUUGAGAGAAUCUAUGACUUGCAGAAAGUAGCUGAGAUCAUUGUUUCUAAAUUUGGUAAUUUUGUUAAUGCUUGGGUUGUUGAGGCUUCUGUCUUUGCCGGACCUUUUGCUGUCUAUAAGGAUUUUGUUCCAUCUGUCAAUCGAUGUGGAGAACCGUUAUCGUAUUCCCCAGCUGGGUUCCCAGCUUCUUCAUCAACUGUCUUCCUCUUAUCCAACUGCCUUCAGGAGGUGAAAAACAUCAUUUUUAAGGAUGCCAAAGAAGUACCCUCGAUUGACCAGCUUGCAUCAUCAGACUCGCAUCUGCCCAAAACGAUCUUGAUGGGGUUUAGCAAAGGUGGGGUUGUGCUUAACCAGCUUGUAAGUGAACUUGCUUUCUUGGAUGCAAAUUCUGCAGAAAUCUCACCUGCAGUCCAAGAACGACCUCUGGUGAGCAACCGUGAGGGAAUACGGAUCAUUUCACCCUCCAUAAAAACCUUCCUCAGCAGCAUUUCCAAUAUCCAUUACGUCGAUGUGGGAUUGAACACAUCGGGUGCCUACAUAACCGAUCACAGUGCCAUUCAGAGAAUCUCCCAAUGCCUUUUACGAGGAGGAGAUUCAAUCCGUUUUGUCUUCCAUGGAACCCCGAGACAGUGGUGUGACGAGAAACGCGGAUGGAUACGCGAGGAGAAAGACGAGUUGGUCCGUCAGCUCAAAUCAGAAGCCGAAAGUUCUGGUGGGAAAAUACAGGUCUGUGAAAGGUUUUAUUUUGCUGAUAGGAUUCCUGAUUUACAGAUGCAUUUUGAGAUUAUUGAUGCUAUGGAUGUCUCUUGAACAAUUUCAUUGACGUCACUCUAAACAAAGUUAUCCAUUCUAAUA